ACGUCGGAGCUUAUAAAGGAACUGGAGACUCUGCAGUCCACUCCUUCCGGUGACGCUGCUACCCGCCAGACCAUCUCCGAAUUCCCUGCCGAGGUCUCCGAUGAAGUGGGGAGAGCUCUUGACGACCACGGCAGCGUUGAAAAGCUGAAAGCGGAACAGUUGCUGGAACAGGUGAGGGUUGCCCUGAACCAACUGGAUGCCUACAAUCGCCUGUUGGAUGAGGAAAUGGGUCAGAGGACCAAUCUGGGACUGAGCCUGCCCGCCUAUCGUUCCUUUCUACAGGAGGAAAUCCGACAAACGCGUGCCCUUAUUGAGGUAUGUCCUGGUGGCUUUUUUUUCUUGGCAAAACAGUAUCAGAUUAUUGAGGGAAAGGAAGUCAAACUGAAAACCCGUCACACUGAAACCCUGAAAAAUAGUCUUGAGCUGCAUAUUCGGAGUCUGCCGGACAUUUGCCUUCGUCCAGAUCAGACGUCACGGCUUGACCCCCUGCCCUCAGUCGGAGAUCUCUUUCGAUAG